AUGGCUAAAUAUUGUCGGACUUCCUUGUGGCAAAUUUAUUUAUGCACGGUGGGUAAAAUAUUAGGAAUUUUGAUAGCUGUUUUACAACCUGUUUUCCAUUUCACUAUUUGCAUAUUAAUAUUGCUUUUUAUAAGUGCAUGAUAUAUUGGAAUAGAGUAUUUGUUUCCUUUAUAUUGAGACAAUUCCGGAUUAUAUUAAUAGUUUAUAUUGUGUAGUGUAUUAAUUGCUAAAAUAAUGUACUAAAUUAUGUACUAUUUUAUAUUUUGCCAUUUUGAAAUUGUUAGGUAAUUUUCUCUUGGCCUUGUUUUGGUGAAAUUGAUUCGAACAACCCAACUUGUGCCGAUAAUGAAUUUGGAUAUAUAUCUCCAAAUGGACAGCUGACAUGCAAACCUUGUCGCAAUCUACCCAAAUGUCCUAGUGGUCUUGGCAUCUCGGUAGCCUGUGGUCGUAUAGCACAUAUACAUGUAGAUUGUGUUCAUUGUGUGCUUGGUAAAAAUUUCUCAGCAGAGUAUGACAACUUACCUUGCCAAACCUGUCAGAGUGCUUUGUGUCAUGAAAAUGAGAAGAUAAUUGGAUCAUGUACAGUUGUUAAAGACACAUCAAAAUGUAGCGGAACUUGUAAGAAAGCAUUUUAUUCAAGUGAUGGUGAUUUGAAAAAUUGCCAGCCUUGUUCAUUGUGUUUGAACAAUGCCAGUGCUCGUGUCAAGAAGUGUAAAGAUGACGGAUUGCCAAUUGAAAACCAAUGUGAAGUGGGGUCGGUUGUACCCCCAGCGUUUCCAUCUAAGGUAUGAUUUAGGAUCACUUGUAAGAUUAGGGUUUGGGGCAGAGAAUUUAGAUUACUAAUAAUGUUCAUUAAAAAAUUGCUCCAUUCUGAUUCAAGUUAAGAACAGUACCAUUUUGUUGGAAUACAAAAAAGAAAUACUGUGUGACAAGUAGGGCGCAAAAUAACACAAACAAAUCUGCAUUCUGUCCGAACAGUAUCCACUGACUGGCCGUUAUUUCGAGCCCUGCUUAUCAUGCAGUAUUUCUUUUUUCGCAUAAGUCAGAAACUUUCACAGAAUGAAAGUACUGAGGACAAAAUGAUGAUGGGAAGCAGCUUCAGUUAAUAUGUACUAAAUAAAGCGAAAAACUAUAAAAUUUAAAACACUGACUAAGCCUAAAAUAAAGUUCAAAAUAUAGUGACCUUUUGUGUUCACAUUCAUGAUUGCCAGAAGUUCCAUUCACCAUCCGCUUAAAAAUCAUUGUCAAAGCUGUUCCAGUUAAGGUGAUGCUGGUUUUGCAGAAUUCAGUGCACAGUCUGUUCUAUGAUCAUAAAUCGUGACGACUAACAUAAACACAGUGCAAGCUUUUUUAUAUCAAGUUUGUAUUUUUUGUUGAAGCUUUUAGUUAAAUGCUACUGGAAAAAAUGAUCAUAUUUUUAAGGGACAUAUACUUUACCAGGCGCUUUGCUUUAAAUUAAAUUAUUUUGACCAGUUAGAAAUUCGAUAUGUCCAAACUAAAAUUGAUUUGGCCAGUCACCUUGAACGGUGCAUGACCCUUCAGCUGUUAUUUUGCGCCCUGGUGACAAGCAUUUAUUAUAGGUAGUAUUUGGAAUGAAAUGUUCAUACCCUUGACCCUUUCAGCAGCAGCAACCUCCCUUGAUGAGCAUUUGACAGAGUAAAAUAUAAUAAAGUAUAUAUGCAUUGGUAUUAUUCAGAAACAACUGGCAUCAAAGAAAAAUGGUGCAACUGAGACACAUGAUAAAAAAGAUGGAUAUAAGAUUUACGGCCAUCCUGCACUGCUCACUGUCUUCCUGCUUGUUAUUUUUGUUUUGGUGGCUGUUGUGUUGAGAAGAAAGUUUCGAAAGAGAAGACAAAGUCCAGUGGUAGCACUGGCUGAAGUGGCCACACUGGCUGAAGUGGCCACACUGGCUGAAGUGGCCACACUGGCUGAAGUUGCCACACUGGCUGAAGUUGCCACACAGACCAAUAAUGGUACCG